AUGUAUUGUUUCGAAUUCAUCAAAACUUUGCAACAAUAAAUGUUUAACUCAUCAUUUUAUGCUUAGAAUAAGUAGAUAUUGAUGGUGCCAUCUCUGACAAUGAUAAUCAAAAGUAUUAAAUUACAAAAAUUAAUUAGAAUUCAAAAUUUUGGUUAAAAAUACAGCGAUUUCCUUGAACAACGAUUUUUUUGACUUAACAAGUUACAAAAAUAAUCUAUUGAUUUUUCAGUGA